UGUGGCUGAAGGAUUGGCAGGCGAGGCCUCGCGUCGGAGCCUUGAAGCCGGGUGGAGUGUGCGGGAGGGGGCGCUACUCCUCCGACGUCAGCUGUGUUGCGCUUUGAAGCUUUGGCAGCUUCGCCCUCCGACUAUGGCUGCACGGUCGGUCAUUCUCGGUAUCGACCUGGGCACUACGUCUGUGAAAGCGGCCCUGGUGGAGUCCGCGCCCGGCGACCCAUCCGGGUUCUUGGUACUGGCGAGCUGUGCCCGGGCUGCGCGGGCCGAGGCAGCGGCCCAGAGCGCUGCGGCAGGGCCCCAGGGGCGGGAGCAGGAUGUAAGCAGAAUCAUCCAAGCCCUAAAUGAGUGCCUUGCUGCCCUUCCUCAGCAGUUGCUCCAGGAAGUCUGUGGCAUUGGAGUAUCAGGACAGAUGCAUGGAGUCAUGUUUUGGAAAACAGGCCAAGGCUGUGAAUGGACAGAGGGAGGGGCCUCCCCUGUGUUUGAGCCCAGAGCUGUGAGCCACCUGGUCACAUGGCAGGAUGGCCGGUGUAGCAGCGAGUUCCUGGCUUCUUUGCCCCGGCCAGAGUCCCAUCUCAGUGUGGCCUCAGGGUUUGGCUGUGCAACCAUCUUCUGGCUUUCGAAGAAUAGCCCAGAGUUCCUGAAGUCCUAUGAUGCAGUGGGCACCAUCCAUGACUAUGUGGUUGCCAUGUUGUGUGGCUUGCCAAGAUCCCUGAUGUGCGACCAGAAUGCCGCUAGCUGGGGAUAUUUCAACACUCAGAGCCAAAGCUGGAACUUCGAGAUAUUGAGGACCUCAGGCUUUCCCAUCCACCUGCUCCCAGACAUCGCUGAGGCGGGCAGCUUGGCGGGCAGAACUUCCCGUGCCUGGUUUGGAGUCCCAAAGGGGACGCGGGUGGGCGUGGCCUUGGGUGAUUUACAGGCCUCCGUCUAUUCCUGUAUGGCCCAAAGGACAGAUGCGGUUCUCAACAUCAGCACCUCUGUUCAGUUGGCAACCUCCAUGCCUCCAGGAUUCCAGCCGGCACAGACUCCAGACCCAACAGCUCCAGUCACCUACUUCCCAUACUUUGACAGGACCUACCUGGCGGUGGCAGCGUCGCUCAAUGGGGGCAAUGUGCUGGCCGCAUUUGUCCACAUGCUGGUACAGUGGAUGGCCGAUCUAGGUCUGGAGGUCGAAGAACCCACUGUAUAUUCGUGCAUGAUCCAGGCAGCUGCACAGCAGAGAGACACCUGCCUAACUAUCACUCCAACGGUGUGGGGCGAGAGGCACCUGCCGGACCAGCUGGCCUCAGUGACCAGAAUCUCCUCCUCUGAUCUCUCCCUGGGUCAUGUGACCCGGGCCCUGUGCCGAGGCAUUGUUCAAAACCUGCACUCCAUGCUUCCAUUUCAACAGCUCAAGGAGUGGGGUGUGGAGCGGGUGAUUGGCAGUGGGAGUGCGCUGUCCAGGAACGAGGUUCUGAAGCAGGAGGUGCAGAGGGCGUUCCCUUUCCCAGUGUCCUUUGGGCAGGAUGUGGACGCAGCUGUGGGGGCAGCUCUGGUCAUGCUCCGGAGGAACCUUAACCAGAAGGAGUCUUAAUACAUUCUUUGGCCAAAGGACUUGCAAAUUCUAUCUAAUUAGCAAUUCUCACAUGACCUUGGGGUCAUCCUUUUCCUGGACACGUUUGUGGGCAGCUUUUUUUUUUUUAAUUUUUUUUUUUAACGUUUAUUUAUUUUUGAGACAGAGAGAGACAGAGCAUGAACGGGGGAGGGUCAGAG